GCUAGAGCAAAACCCUUCUGCGACGACCCUCCGCGCACAAGAUGACUUUGAGGAGAGGAUAAAAUCUUGUAAUUGGGAAGGAAAAACACAACGCUAACACGUUUACAUACAGAAAUGUCACAGGAUUUGUCUUUAAAUACUUGCACAGGCAUCCCAUAGAAAUGAUAAGGGAAAAAUGGAGAAAGGAAAAGAAAAUCACAUAGCUCACUGUUUAAUCUUGCCAUAUCCAAGUCAGGGACACAUAAAUCCUAUGCUCCAAUUCGCUAAACGCUUGAGGCAUAAACAAGUCAAAAUCACUUUAGUCGUAACAAAAUUCUUGCGCAAAACCGUGCAAGAAUUUCCAGGUUCCUCAGAUAUUUCCCUUGAAACAAUCUCUGAUGGAUUUGAUGAAGGGGGGAGGGCUAAGGUUGAGAGUUCAGAAGCAUACCUGACUCGGUUUCGUCUGGUCGGAACAGAAACUUUAUCAGAACUUGUGGAAAAGCACAAAACAGAUUGUGCUGUAGAUUGUAUAAUAUAUGAUCCAUUUCUUUCAUGGGGUCUUGAUGUAGCCAAGAAAUUUGGAUUAGUUUCUGCUGCAUUUUUCACUCAAUCUUGUGCUGUGGACAAUAUAUAUUAUCAUGUGUGUAAAAAGGAGUUGAAACUUCCUCUCUCAGAGACUGAAAAAAUUGUGAUUCCUGGAUUACCAGUACUGGAACCUUCAGAUUUGCCUUCUUUUGUUUAUGUUCAUGGAUCAUACCCUGCAGCUUUUGAAAUGAUUCUGAAUCAGUUUCAGAAUCUGGAGAAAGCAGACUGGAUUCUUGUUAAUACUUUUCACAAGUUGGAAGAAGAGGUGAUUAAUUGGAUGGCGAAGUUUUUACCAGUGAAGGCAAUCGGCCCAACCGUACCUUCAAUGUAUUUAGACAAGAGGCUUCAAGAUGACAAAGAGUAUGGUCUUAGUAUCUUCAAGCCUAUCACUGAUGUCUGCAUGAAAUGGCUUAAUGAACGAGCAAGUAGAUCGGUUGUUUAUGUUUCGUUUGGAAGUUUGGCUGAAUUAGGAGCCGAGCAAAUGGAAGAAUUGGCACAGGGCUUAAAAUUAAGCAAUGAGUACUUCUUGUGGGUGGUUAGAUCAUCAGAAGAAGCUAAGCUUCCCAAUAAAUUUUCAGAGACGUCCAAGAAAGGACUAAUCGUGUCAUGGUGUCCACAGUUGGAAGUUUUUGCACACAAGGCGAUCGGGUGCUUCAUCACACAUUGUGGUUGGAAUUCCACAUUGGAGGCAUUAAGUUUGGGAGUUCCUAUGGUGGGAAUGCCUCAAUGGACUGACCAAAGCACAAACGCAAAGUUUGUUAAGAAUGUUUGGAAAGUGGGAGUCAAGGCUAGGCAAAACGAGAAAGGUAUAGUCGAGCAAACAGAGAUUAUCAGUUGCAUAAAGAAUAUCAUGGAGGGAGACAGCGCGGAAGAGAUCAGGAAAAAUGCGAAAAAAUGGAAGGAAUUUGCGAGAGAGGCAGUUGAUGAGGGAGGGAGUUCAGAUAAACACAUUGAAAAUUUUGUUUCUUCACUGAUUAAUCCUCCCACAAAAAUAAUUUGAUAGACCAUAGCAGCACUCCCAUUUCAUUUUGGUUGUGUAGUACUUAGCACUAUGAUGAACAAGAUUUUAGUUUAUUUUCCUUCUUUAAUACAGUCGACUAGUUUCCAGUCCUCUUUACAAACGAGGUCAUGGAUAAGUUAAACACGGUAGCAUGUUUGGUAUGUAGAAACUUUGUGGUUCCCAUAUGUUGUUGAAUUUAUUGGACACAAAUUCUUGUUCA